AUGGUGGAAGCAGCAACGAAAACUGUUCACUCCCCUCUCGUCACUUACGUCUCCGUCGUCUCCCUCCUCACCCUCUGCCCGCCUUUCGUUAUUCUGCUAUGGUAUACGAUGGUGCAUGCUGAUGGUUCAGUAUCCCAAACAUGGGAUUAUCUCAUUGGAAAUGGGUUGAAGGGACUCAUUGAUAUAUGGCCAAAACCUACUGCUACUGCCUGGAAACUGAUUGGUUGUUAUGGUGCAUUUGAGGCUGCUCUUCAGCUUCUUUUACCUGGUAAAACAGUUGAAGGACCGAUUUCUCCUAAAGGGAACCGGCCUGUUUACAAGGCAAAUGGCGUGCUCGCAUAUGCAGUCACGAUUGCUACAUAUAUUGGCAUAUGGUGGUUUGGGAUAUUCAACCCCUCGAUUGUUUAUGAUCAUUUGGGAGAAAUUUUCUCAGCACUCAUUUUUGGAAGCUUUCUCUUCUGUGUUUUCCUGUAUAUUAAAGGUCAUGUGGCACCAUCAUCUACAGAUUCUGGCUCCCUUGGGAACAUAAUUAUUGAUUUCUACUGGGGUAUGGAGCUAUAUCCUCGAAUUGGUAAGAACUUCGACAUCAAAGUUUUCACAAACUGCAGAUUCGGGAUGAUGUCUUGGGCAGUUCUUGCAUUGACCUACUGCUUUAAGCAGUAUGAGCUGUAUGGAAAAGUAGCUGAUUCCUUGCUGGUAAAUACGAUACUGAUGCUCGUGUAUAUCACAAAGUUUUUCUGGUGGGAGGCUGGUUACUGGAACACAAUGGACAUCGCCCAUGACAGAGCUGGUUUUUAUAUCUGCUGGGGAUGCUUAGUGUGGGUCCCCUCUAUAUAUACUUCUCCUGGCAUGUACCUAGUCAACCAUCCUGUGGACCUUGGAUCUCAGCUUGCACUUUUUAUAUUGGCUGCUGGAGUUCUUUGCGUAUAUGUCAACUAUGAUUGUGAUAGGCAAAGGCAGGAAUUCCGUAGGACAAAUGGGAAGUGUUUAAUUUGGGGAAAGCCUCCAUCGAAGAUUGUGGCUUCCUAUACUACCACAACUGGGGAGACUAAAUCAAGCCUUCUCUUAACAUCAGGAUGGUGGGGCUUAGCCCGCCAUUUUCAUUAUGUUCCUGAAAUAUUGGCUUCCUUCUUCUGGUCUCUCCCUGCACUUUUCAAUCAUUUUAUCCCCUACUUCUAUGUGAUAUUUCUCACCAUCCUUCUUGUGGACCGUGCUACACGAGAUGAUGAUCGCUGCCGUUCAAAGUAUGGGAAAUACUGGAAGAUGUACUGCAAUAAGGUUCCUUACCGCAUUAUUCCUGGAAUCUACUGA